CGUAGUACGCAAAGACACGUACGAGGGGGCGUGGUUUCAUUCACACAAAGCGGAAGGGGGUUUGUACGGAAACACAGUUAUAGCUAACCAGCCCAGGGAUCCGCCCGUUUCUGUGAUUGGCAUUGGAGGUGCCACGUGCUUCCGCGCGCCUACCGGAAGCUGUACCGACACACCGCGCUGCGUUACUACAGCCAGCCACUCACCCACCAGACCCACACCACCGACACUCAGUCAUACUUGCCUGGAGGAGACAGGAGACAGCACCAUGGCGGCUCUGAAUGGCUUUGAUAUCGAUGCUCCACGUUGGGAUCAGUCCACAUUCAUGGGCCGUCUCAAACACUUCUUUAACAUUACAGACUGUCGCACCGUCCUCCUGUCUAAUGCCAAACUGGAUGAAGCAAAAGUCUUAGUGGACAGUUGCAGAGCCAGCUCUAUCCCUCCAGGCACAACUGAGGAACAGCUGCAUUAUGCUAAGAAGCUCUAUGACUCAGCAUUUCACCCUGAUACUGGCGACAGGAUGAACUUGAUUGGCAGAAUGUCUUUCCAAGUGCCAGGAGGCAUGGCCAUCACCGGCUUCAUGCUGCAGUUCUACAGGACAGUGCCUGCUGUGGUAUUUUGGCAGUGGGUUAAUCAGUCUUUCAAUGCCCUGGUAAACUACACCAACCGCAACGCUGCCUCCCCCAUCACACCAAAACAGAUUGGUGUGGCUUAUGCAACUGCAACAAGCACCGCAUUGGCCACUGCUGUGGGUCUGAACCUCUACACAAAGAAAGCACCUCCCCUUGUGGCUCGCUGGGUACCUUUUGCAGCCGUUGCUGCAGCUAACUGUGUAAAUAUCCCUAUGAUGAGACAACAGGAGAUCAUGAAUGGCAUUGCAGUCACAGACGAAAAUGGCAAUAAACUUGGUGACUCAAGAAAAGCAGCUGUAAAGGGUAUCACACAGGUGGUCAUUUCCCGAGUCACCAUGGCGGCACCGGGCAUGAUCAUCCUUCCUAUUAUAAUGCAGAGACUAGAAAAAUACAGAUUUAUGCAGAAAAUUACAUUUCUCCAUGCGCCAUUGCAAGUGAUGAUGGUUGGAGUAUUCCUGAUCUUCAUGGUGCCUGCAGCGUGUUCACUGUUUCCACAGAGAUGCUCUCUGCCUGUGUCCAAGCUGGAGCCAGAGCUCAGAGAAUCCAUCGUCUCCCAGUAUGGUGACGCCAUCACCCAUGUUUAUUUCAACAAGGGCUUGUGAUACUGUUACCCUGCUUCUCAUAGACUGGAGGAACAUCGUCUGAUCCUGAUCUUUGCCAAUCCUGAAAGACCAGUGCGAGUGACUGGUUACUCAUAUUCAUACACUUGGGACAGCAUGGGUUACAAUAGUUCAGUUGUAUUACUUGUCUACAGUAUUCGACAAUGUUUGGGGGGGGGAUUGGGUUUGUUAUCAAAUGGAGGCCUUUAGCCUAAUUCUGAAUAACCUCCAGCACAUCCAUGUUGUUUCUGUUACAAAUCUUGAGUUAGGCCAGACAAUCAGCAUUUGAACACUGAUUUCCUGGCUCAGGUGACUUGCUGGAAUUUAAUCAAAUAUGGACUUAAUUUUAAUAGAAUUGGUUUAAUGUUUGACUGAAUGGAACAGUGGGUUACAGUAUUGCAUUGAUUUUAUGAUGUUAUGAUGUUUACGGAAGAUAAUUGUUUUACUUGAUUUAGUUGCAUUGAAUUAAUUGUCCAUAAGGAAGUGUUAGAUAUUGAUCAAUGAGCUUUUCCUUGAUGUAUGUGGUCAUGAGCAGACUUUGACAGUUUUACAGCCAUUAUUAAUAGUGAAUAAGGAGAGGGGACCUGCUGUUGCAUACUGAUCUCUCAGGAAUUUUUCAUUUAGAGGUUAUAUGCUUUAAUGCUCAAUUGAUUACUUGAUUAGUUCAGGUAAUUGCCAGAUACCCAGCUGGUCAAGUGUGGAAAGUCGAACACUCUCAAAGUCAAACAAAGGUGUUAAAAUAUGUUAAUUCUUAUUUGUUUUUUGUAACCAAACCUAUGUCCAGUUAUGGACGACUCAUUUUGUGUUACAGUGUGUUGUCAUAUUUGGUCAAAUGCCCAUAUUAUGCGUUAAAACAUAGACUAGUAGCAAAGCAACUUAACUUCGUUAAGAAGAAAUAUGUGCCUUGUGUACAAAAAUUCUUGGCUGGAAAUGAUUGUCACCAUUCUUCUGACAAUCUGCCUCAUCCCCUCAUCAUUACACACAUGCAUUUGUGUACUGUAUAUUCUUCAUUUCCAAAUAUUCAAAUAAAGAAAAUUUUCUGCAUAGAA